UGCAAGCCUCUCGCUCCUUGCAAGUGGUAACUAUCAGCACACAGUUGGUAGCGAUUACCUGAUAGGUAUGUGCCAGAGCACGGUAUCAAAAUUGACGUCCAACGUCUUAAAAGAAAUGGAAAGCAAAUUGUGUCCGGAAUUUAUAAAGUUCCAGCCCAACGAAUCUUCAAGAUGUAAGGAGUGGUUUCCGGAAAAAUAUAAAAUACCUGGAGUGGUUGGAUGCGUAGACGGAACACACAUUGGAUUACAAAAGCCAAUUAGAGACGAGCACAUGUACUUCAACAGGAAAGGUUACCAUAGUCUUAACGUUAUGCUAAUUUGUGACAACAUUUGCAAGAUUCUUGCCAUAAAUUGUCAAUAUGGAGGUGCAGCCCAUGACUCCUGA